GGCGGGAGCAGCACAAACCUCGUGAGACGUUAUAUGUCAGUAUAGACUAGAAGUAAUUCAUAACAAAUUAUUCGCAAACAUGACUCUCACGGAGAUGGAACCACUCAAAAUACAUUUAGAUGCUUUGGAAAUGGCAGGGAAAGUAGUAGAUGCACACAUUACUGCAGAUAGCAAUUUUCCUUCUUUAAUUAAUCUUAUGCGAUACAACGUACAAGGUGGGCCAACCGUUAGCGGUCUCGACGAUCAUGAUUAUCCCAAUUUAAAUGGAAUGUCAUUAUGUUUCUCAAAUAUAAAUCAAAUGAAGCUGCACAGUAAAAUUUCUUUACCUUCUGAAGUAAUGGAACACUUUCACCAUAUGCAAUGCCAUUGUAUGAUGGGCCUUUUUACAGAAAUUUCAAAAGCAUGGCUUACGAUCGACAGUGAUAUAUAUGUUUGGUCGUACGAAAACGAGACCGACGUUGCAUAUUUUGAUGGCUUAAACGAAACUAUCAUAAGCGUAGGUUUGGUAAAACCCAAACCUGAGGUAUUCCAAAGCUAUGUGAAAUAUUUACUGAUCCUCACAACUACGGUUGAAGUAACUAUUCUUGGAGUAACAUUAACAGAAAAUAGUGAAGGUACUUCGCCAGAAAUGCAGCUAGUCCCUGAACCAAUUUUCACAGUCACCACAGAUGGUAUUGGUAUUACAACAAUAGCAAAUACUAGUAGCGGGAGAAUUUUCCUUGGUGGUAGAAAUGGCGCCCUUUAUGAAAUAUAUUAUCAGGCAGAAAGUAAUUGGUUUGGGAAACGUUGCAAAAAGAUAAAUCAUUCGGAAGGCCCGUUGUCGUUCUUAGUACCAUCAUUCGUCACUAUAGCAUUGUCGGAAGAAGAAGCAAUAAUACAAAUUUCAGUAGACGAUUCACGUAAUAUUUUAUAUACUCUCGGUGAUAAAGGAACAGUCGCUGUUUGGGAUAUUGAUCACGAGGGUGCGUCUAAAGUCGCAUCUUUAUCGCAAUCUUGUUUAGUACAAAAUGCUGUUCAUGUUGUUAAAACUCUCGAUAGCAAUAACUUCCGACCAUUGGUGAGCAUAUCUGCUAUUACAGAAUCCGAAUCAGUGCAUUUAAACUUGGUUGUAGUUGCAGCUACUGGAACACGUUUUUACUUCAGUUGUACUUCGGUUGCUAAUCCAACGACUAGACCCCAAGGUCUUCAAUUAAUACAUGUUAGAUUACCACCAGGAUAUGCUGCUAAUGCCACUGUAAUGAGACCAAGAAAAGUACAAAUGGCACAUUACAGGAAAGGAACGUUAAUUCUCGUUUGCGGUGGAGACACGGAAACAGCUUUAUGUUUAAGUAACGAUGCUUAUCCAUUUACGAAUUAUUUAGCUGAAACUCAAAGUCCUUUAUCCCUCGAUAGUCCAGUAUGGGCUAUGUCAGAGAUUCUCGUAGAACCAGCUAUACGCAUUGAAAAACAAAGCAGUUCACAAGGAGAGCCUCCUCUUCUUGUUAGACAACAUAUGGAAGCUCCUCGAAAAUUUAUAUUUUUAACGUCUCAGGGUGCCAUAAUUUUUGUACAAGUUCGUCCAAUGGACAUUUUGAAACAACUUCUUUUGGAACAACGUGGACCCGAUACGGAAGCUGUUCGCGCAUACUUCCAAUCACAAUCUUUAGAACAGGCGUGUGCGACCUGUCUUAUUUUGGCCACGCUUGAAAAUUCUCAAAAUGCUGAGUUGGCAGAAUGGGCAACAAGGGCAUUCUUUUUACACGGUAGUCAACGAAUGACGGGCAUUGGGCCUGGAAUAGAUACGCAUAAUACCUUUGCUAAUAUAAAUACAGAUAUACGCACAUCAACACCAAGAGUUCCCAACUACGAUUUAAGGUUCCAAGGUUUUCGAUCACGCACUUCGGUAGGACCUAAUACAGAUAUCCCUCAGCAACAGUUCUCAGCAAAACACAAUGGUUUAUAUCUAUACGUAGGAAGAAUACUCCGACCGAUAUGGAAUAUGCGAUGUAUUAAACAAGAAGUCGUAAAUAAUAAAACUCAAAUCUUCAGUACUAUUUCAGCAAAACAAGUUACUUGGAUUUUAGGACUCUUACAAGCUUUAAGAUCAUUUCUCAAUAGGAAUACUCAUAUUACUAAACAACUCAACGCUACUAGAAAUAUAAACGACGGGUUCGAAACAACCGUAACUAGUCAUUUCCAAGAACCAAUGGUCGAGGAAAGAAAUUCUUUAGCAGCUUUAAAAAUCUUCAUUACUCACGCCUGUGAAGUGUUGGAACUUUGGAAAAUUUUAUGCGAAAAUCAUUUGAAUAAUAUUAUAAAUUGUCUAUCGAAGGAUCAAAUUAAUCAAUUUUUUACAGCUACAUUUAGAGAUUUGAUUUUAAUUGGUCAUGAAAUUUCUUCGUUACUAAUCAUUCAUCUUAUAGAUAGCUAUCUUGGGGAUAAUGCGUCUGUCGAUGUCGUUAGUCAAAGAUUGAGAGAAGUUUGUCCGAAUUUGUAUAGAAGCGAAGAUGCUGUUUGUUCUAAGGCUAACGAAAUAAUUUUAAAAGCAAAAAGUUGUAUGAACUCGGAAGAAAAAGAAUGUUAUUUGCAAUCUGCUUUAAAGCUUUGCAAAGAAGUUGCUCCCAGAUUGAAUUUGAGCGCAGUGUGUCAACAAUUCAUUGCAUGCCAAUUUUAUUCGGGUGUACUCGAGUUGUGUCUCACCUGUGCUGAAAGAGUAGAUCCUAAUAAUGCCGCGUUGCAUUAUUACAAAAACAACGAACCCAACGAAGAUCAAGAAGGUGGAUUUGCUUACAUGAAAAGAUUGGAAAUUUAUAAAGAAUUCAUCACGCUACUGGAUCAUCUCUAUAAUCAGAGUAUUUCUAAUCCAUUAACACCCACUAUACCAAGCAAACCUGGACCUCCGCUUCAAAAUGUUCCAACCAUGCCCGUCACACCAGCAAAAGAAAUAUUGCACGACAUCAUAAAUGAUGCAUUGCAUUCUCCGUGUGAGAUGCUUCAUGCUUCGGUGUAUGCUUGGAUGAUAGAACGAAGACUUCACGGCGAACUUGUUGCUCUCGCAGCACCGUCUUUAGAAGCUUAUCUUACGCGCUUAAAUGCACCGGAUUUACUUUGGCAGUUCUAUGAAAGAAAUAAGAAUCAUGCUGCUGCUGCCAAAAUUUUGGAUUCUCUGGCGACCAAAGAAUCAAAUAUACAAUUAUCGCAGAGGGUUGAAUAUUUAGCCAGAGCUGUGGUUUGUAUGCGAAGCGAUCAAGCUGGAUACGCUCCAUACCUAGGAAUUUUCUUACGCGAAUUAGAAGACAAAGUAGAAGUAGCUAGAAUACAACAACAGAUAUUAGACACAAUUUGCAAUCAACACAUGGCCGAUCGACUUAGCGAAGAUGUAUUUAGAGCAUUGAAUAAUUCGUUGCUUGAUAUUACGAAGUUAUACGAGAAGUAUGCAGACCCUCUACAAUUAUGGGAAUGCAAAUUAGCUAUAAUUCACUGUUCCGGUCACCAGGAUGCAAUGUUGAUCCAAGAAAUUUGGACUAAUAUUAUUAACAAUGAAUUAAAAGAUGCAUCCACUGCGGAAGAUAGAAUGGCUAUUUUAAUGAGCAAAAUUAUAUCCCUUGGGCAGGAGUAUUCGGGUUCUCCACACUGUUUCCCAGUUGAUUUUCUAAUAAAGCAAUUAGAAAUAAAGGCAUGUAAAUUAAACGUAUCGAAUGAUAGAAUUAUAUCCGGAUUUCUACAAUUAGGUGUUUCAGUGGAAGACCUGUUAGAUAUUUAUAAAAUGAUUGGUAAAGACACUCGAACAUGGUUAAACGAAGGAAAUGAAUUUCACUUGAUAGAGUCAACGGCAGAUUUGGUUAUUUAUUUCGUAUCUCAUUCAAAUGUCACUAACAACUUUAUCAGACGAAAGAUAAUCACCAAAAGUCAAGAUGUAAUUUCCAAGUGUUUAACAACGCUAUACAACAAACCCCAUGGACAAGCAUUGAUAACAAAACUUAGGUCAAUUCAGAGCGUUUUAAAUCGUAUGUAAAAAAAGAAGUUUCAGUCUUCUGUACAACAGAAUAACAUUUUAUAAAAUUGUAUAAAUUAUUGAAAAUUGGAACGCGACGAAAUAUGAGUCAUUCCACGAAGGUAUCGUCAAAAAGUAAUGAGAAAUGUAAAUAGCAAAACAGUGUUUGUUCAAGUAUUUUCUAUAGACAUUAUAUAACAUUCGGUUUUUUUCAUAAUAA